AUGAGAGAGACGGUGAAGUUGAUAAGCAUGGAAGGUUUCGAGUUCGUCAUCGACAGGGAAGCCGCCAUGGUUUCUCAGACUAUCCGAAGCAUGCUCACUUCUCCAGGUGGAUUUUCGGAAUCGAAAGAUGGCGUCGUGACAUUCCCUGAUAUAAGCACGACGAUUCUAGAGAAGAUCUGCCAAUACUUCUAUUGGUCUCUUCAAUACUCAAGAGGCAAAGAGACUGAGUUUUACAUAGAGCCUGAACUGACCCUGGAGCUGAUGAUGGCUGCUAACUAUCUACACACUUGA